AUGGGUGGUUGUUUCUCUUCCCCUGAUCAUCAGUCUGUUGUUUCCAAUACCAAUUCCGCCCUCGUCAUAUCUCCUACAGGUGAAUUGCGACCUUAUUCUACUCCCGUCUUUGUUUCUGAUGUUCUUCAAUCCCAUCCUUCUUUCUUCCUCUGUAACUCCGACAAUUUGUCUUAUGAUCAACUUAUUACACCUUUAGAUGCCCACGAUGAGCUUGAUGCUGCUCAGAUCUACUUCCUUGUACCAAUUUCUAAGCUUCACCAUCGUCUCACUGCUUCCGAAAUGGCCGCACUCGCAGUCAAGGCCAGCCUCGCCCUCAACACUACCAACAUAUCCUUAUCACGCACUCCUUCCUCUUCUACAUCAUCGAAACCCACCCCUACUACCCACAAGAGGAAAAGCAAAUCUAAGAUCUCUCCCUUUGUGGUCAUGGAAACCAGCAAGAUCAAUGUGAUUGUGGAUCAAAGUAAGCGCUUGGUUGAGACCACUACUGCUAAGCAACAGAUAGGAGUGUCUAGAUCGGGAUCCAUUCGCAGAAUACAGAGAUAUUCCUCAAGGAAAGCUCGUUUGGCUGUUAGAUCAUUUAGGCUUCGAUUGUCGACCAUAUAUGAAAGUGAAUCCUCCGAUCAAUCUCAAUCUCACAAGUACUACUAG